AUGUCGUUUUCCAAGGAUUCGAAUGAGAAGAAAGAACCCUCGACUGGUUAUAACACGGCCGGUGCGCUAGAGUCUGACCACGACGUCUCUCUCUUCACGGCACUGGUCAAUGAAGAUCACCAACAUGAUAUCAAGCUCAGGACUAUGUCGUGGCAGAAAGCCGCAUGGCUGCUGUGCGGAGAUCAAGUCUGUUUAGCCAUUAUGGCCCAGACGUGGUCGCUGUCCGUCUUGGGAUGGGUUCCGGGUCUUCUUACCAUGGUUGGGGCAGGCAUCUUGUUCUGGAUCACCUCGAUAACCAUGCACCAAUAUAUUAUGAAGCACCCUCAGAUCAAGGAUAUCUGUGAUUUCGGAUACUACAUUUUUGGAAAGAAUCGACUGGCCUAUGAGUUUUCCGGCUUCAUGCUCCUGGCCAACAAUAUCCUUUUGAUCGGCUUCCACGUCCUCACAGGCGCCAGGAUUCUCAACACCCUAUCAGACCAUUCCCUCUGCACUGUCAUCUUCUCAGUCAUUGCCAUGAUAAUGGGCAUCGUAAUGUCUGUCCCAAGGACACUGAACCAUAUUUCUUUCAUGUCCAUGUUCUCAGCUGCUUGCAUGGCCGUCGCCAUCCUGCUGUUCAUGAUCUUCGCCGGAAUCGAGGAUGCUCCUUUAUAUGGAUAUUUUGGUGACUUCCCCACCGACGGCCCGGUCCGAACAUACGCUUUCCCUCUGCCGGGAACAACUUGGGUGAACUGCCUGAACGCCGUCUUGAACAUCACCUUCCUAUGGGUCCCUCAAAUCCUCUUCCCGACCUUUAUCUCGGAGAUGGAGAAACCACAAGACUUCCCCAAGUCUCUCGCCGUGCUCACAGCCAUAUCGGCAUUCCUAUUCAUCGUCCCCCCUGCGGUCGGAUUCCGCUACCUCGGCCAGUAUUCCACUGCUCCUGCGUUCGGAAGCUUGGGCGUGAUUGCGUACAAGAAGGCGUCUUUCGCCUUCGUCAUUGUCCCUACUCUUGUAAUCGGCGUCAUCUACGCGAACGUCAGUGCGAAGUUCAUCUACUUCCGCAUCUUGGGCAAGUCUCGACACGCGCAUAGCAACACGGUUAUUGGUUGGGGUGUCUGGGUUGCGGUUAUCGCGGUAAUCUGGGUCAUCGCCUUCAUCUUCUCUGAAGUCGUGCCUAGCAUGGGGGAUUUCCUGUCGCUGCUUGGCGCCACUUUUGAUUCGUUCUUCGGUUUCAUCUAUUUUGCUGUUGCGUACUGGCAGUUGUACAAGGGGAAGUUGUUCAACGGUGUCGGCAGGUCCAUUAUGACUGUUAUUCAUAUCAUUGUUAUGGCUGUUGGAUUGUUCUUGCUUGGUCCGGGGUUGUAUGCGGCGGUUGAGGCAAUUAUUGCUGAUUAUUCGGGGGGGACGAGACAUGCUUUUAGCUGUGCGAAUUUGGCUAUUUGA